AUGAUCUUUGGUUAUGUCCAAGUACAUGGUUAUGAUUAUGUCCAAGUACAUGGUCGUGAUUAUGUCCAAGUACAUGGUUAUGAUUAUGUCCAAGUACAUGGUUACGAUUAUGUCCAAGUACAUGGUUAUGAUUAUGUCCAAGUACAUGGUCGUGAUUAUGUCCAAAUUCUCCUCGUCGCGUGCAUAGCUGGGGUGAGCUGUGGCGGUUAUAGCUUAGGUGGAGGAGGAGGCCUAGGUCAUGGAGGCAUAGGCCUUGGAGGAGGCCUAGGCGGAGGUUUUGGAGGAGGCCUAGGUGGAGGCAUAGGUCUUGGAGGAGGCAUUGGUCAUGGAGGAGGCCUAGGUGGAGGCAUAGGUCUUGGAGGAGGCCUUGGUCAUGGAGGAGGCCUAGGUUUUGGAGGAAGCCUAGGUGGAGGAGGCCUAGGUGGAGGAGGCCUAGGUGGAGGUUUUGGAGGCCUAGGUGGAGGUUUUGGAGGCCUAGGUGGAGGCCUAGGUGGAGGCCUAGGUGGAGGUCUUGGUGGAGGCCUAGGUGGAGGUCUUGGAGGCAUAGGUGGAGGUCUUGGAGGCCUAGGUGGAGGCCUUGAUGGAGGCCUAGGUGGAGACCUAGAAGUUGAAGGAGGCCUAGGUGUUGGAGGAGGUCUAGGUAUUGGAGGCGGCCUUGGUAUUGGAGGCGGCCUUGGUAUUGGAGGCGGCCUAGGUGCCGGAGUCUGCACGGAAGGAAAAGUUCUUAGGAUCGAUGGCGUGUGCGAUUUCCCUAAAGUGACUCGCCACGUGUACAUCUACGCCGCUCCCGAAGUUAUUCCCGUGUACGGCCCCCCUCCCCCCAUCCCUCCCCCCAAGGUGGACACCAACGUGCUCUUCAUCCGGGCUCCUGAACCAGUGAAGCAGCCCGACCCCAUCAUUGUGCCCCCACCAAGGCAGGACAACAUUGUGUACGUCCUCAACAAGCAAGUGGAGCAUGCGCAGAAGGUCAUCGAGGUACCUCCCAUCCCACCAAGGAACCCUCAAGUAUACUUCGUCAACUACGACGACGACAAGAACGCUAUUCUUCCCGGUGGCAUCGACCUUCAGACGGCUCUCAACUCCGCGGUGCAAGCUGGUGGCGAGAUCAUUGGCGACGUUGGUGUUGGUGGAAUUGGCGACGAUGGCAUUGGCGGUGUUGGCGAUAUUGGCAUUGGCGGUGGAAUCGGCGGUGGAAUUGGCGGCGGAAUUGGCGGUGGAAUCGGCGGUGGAAUCGGCGGCGGAAUCGGCGGCGGAAUCGGCCUAGGGGGCCUUGGCGGUGAUAUCGGCUCCUUCGGCACCGUCGGCAGCUUUGGUGUAGGAAACAUUGGUGGCGGCCUCGGCAGCAACAGCCUGUUCUUAGACGGCGGCGUGUCCCACCUUGGAGACGGCUUGGGUCACGUUAAUGUUGUCACCCUGCCCAAGGACGUGUACGGGGCGCCGGGUCGCUAGAGCCUGCUCCCAACCCUACUUUAUGAUCCGUGAUAUGUUCCUGCCACUCAAAACACGUUAUUUACUGUUAGCUCUAUUUUUAUAUACUUGACUGUUCUAGUCAAUCAGAGAUUGUUGUGUUUAUAUUCAUGAUUGGCAAUAUAUAUAUAUUUAUAUCCCGA